AUGGCAUCGCCGCAGCAACGUUAUAACCAGCGCGGCGGCAGACAGGAUGAGCUGCAUCACAGCUUCAACCAGCUCAACAUCACCACAGGGCGUUCUUCACCUUCUCACUCGCCUCUACAGUCUCCCUAUCACCGCUCAGAGAGGAGUCCCAGCUUCCCGAAAAACGAUCCCCGCGCCAGCCCGACCUCGCAGCAGCAACGCGCGCCUCGAAGGACGACCAGCACCACCUCCCUGCGCGACGAGAGACGCGGCUCGACACCUUCGUUGCACAAGCGAGCAUCGGUCAGCUCGCUUCGAUCGGUGCAGAAUCUGGCUGCCUCUUCAUCCUCAUCGCGCCAGAGCCUCUCACGGCGCUCGUCCGCACAGCAUCUGGCCUCGUCCCCAGGCGCGUCCGGACGGGCCAUCUCACCCCUCCCGGAGAUGGCGUCUGCCUCGCCCUCUGGCCCGUCAGAUAUAGCUGCUCAGCAUUUUGCAAAGGAGCUGGCCUUGCACCAAGCUGUCGAUUUGCACUCUCGAACCGUUGUCAUCAUACAGGAUGCCUGCUAUGGCCACCGAUACUCGCGCCCGCGCACCUCCAAGGCGGGGCUGGAACUCAUCGUCGAGCGGCCGGAGAGAAUGCAAGCCAGCGUCCUCGGCCUGGCCGCUGCGUAUACCCGCAUGGGGCAGCGUUAUGGCGGUAACGAGUUUGCGCCACACCCGGACCUAGAUUUACGACAGCUCCCGCCCCCGCCGUUUCAGAUAAGGAAGACGGUACGAACCAUGCCCCUGAACUCGCCAGCGGUGACGCACGUCCAUGGCACGAAAUGGAUGGAGGAACUACGGUUGAUGUGUGAUGCCGCAGAAGGCAGACUGGCGUCGAACGGCAAGGAGCUGGUUCGGCCUAGCAGCUCUGGCAAGGAAACCGGAGCCAAUGCUGCCCCCAAGCUGCACGAGGGGGAUCUAUACCUCUGCCCUGGCUCGUUGGACGCGUUUGAAGGUGCACUGGGAGGCGUCUGUGACGCCGUUGACUCGGUGUUCACUUCUCCGUCGACACGGCGGGCGUUUGUCUGCAUCCGGCCGCCAGGCCACCACUGCUCGAGCAGCUAUCCAUCCGGGUUCUGCUGGCUCAACAACGUCCAUGUAGGCAUCUCAUAUGCUGCCAUGACACACGGACUGACUCACGCGGCAAUUCUUGAUUUCGAUCUACACCACGGCGACGGAUCGCAGGCCAUUGCCUGGGAGCAGAACCGACGAGCUGCCAGUGCAGCCAAAAAUGCGGCCGGGUAUAAAAGAACUGCUAUUGGAUACUUCAGUCUACACGAUAUCAACUCUUACCCUUGUGAGGAAGGCGAUGAAAGCAAAGUUCGGAAUGCCAGCGUCUGCAUCGAUAAUGCUCACGGUCAGAGUAUUUGGAAUGUCCAUCUCGAGUCAUGGAAGACUACAGAGGAGUUCUGGGCUUUGUACGAGACAAAGUAUGUCGUCCUGAUUGAAAAGGCUCGCGCAUUCCUGCGAGCCCAUUCACAUCAACUACAAUCUAGUACCUCACCUAACGCUCCUCAACCCAAAGCCGCCAUCUUCUUGUCUGCUGGGUUCGAUGCAAGCGAGUGGGAGGGAGCUGGUAUGCAAAGACACAAGGUCAACGUUCCAACGGAUUUCUACGCCAGAUUCACAGCCGAUAUUGUCCGGAUGUCACAGGAGGAAGGCCUCUCCGUUGACGGCAGAGUAAUCUCAGUCUUAGAAGGAGGAUAUAGUGACAGGGCCCUGAUAAGCGGCGUAUUCAGCCACCUCUCUGGCCUCUCAGACUUACCCAACUUUGACGCCGUAGACGACCAGCAUGGCAGCCGGCUUGCCGCUGAGAUGUUCAAUCGGCUUGGCUUGUCAGAGGAAAGCAAGCAUGAUGCAAUGCAGGAUGUCAAGAGGGAGUCUGAUACAAUAACCUAUGAUACCAUAUGGUGGGCACCAUCAUUACUUGAAGAACUGGAAAACUUGGCCAAACCUUCACCUGUAACUCCACGAAAACCUCGCGAGAGAGGGCCUCCUACCUUCUCCGCGCCCACUCAAGCAUCAUCUGCAAAGGUGAUAACACCAACCCGCGAUCACAGAUCCUCAUCCUACAACCCGAGCCAUGCAGGCGACUCAUCCCUCCAACAACUCCCACGGAUCGGCUGGGCCACGGCCGCUUUUGAGCUCUCCAAGGCUCUUAUACCCACAGACCGUCAAACCACAAGCUGUCAGCAUGCUGACCUGAAAGCCACAACAAGCCAGCCUCGACGGGAUGCUCGUCCAGCGUCUGCAGCGAGUCAACGGUCACGUCCCAACGAGAGGAACUCCAACCAUAUGCAGCUUAGGGAGAGGAAACAGAAGGCUCCCGCCUUACCCGCCUCCGAAAGGCUUAGGAGUUCCCGCUCUUCAUCUGCUAACACUCGUCGGACUACUAUUGCUUCCGUCAACGAUCUACCCGACCCAAGCAUGCUAAAUAACAGCGAACCAAAGUCAUCCCCCAGCUCUCGCACUUCACGAAGAGUCAGCAUUGCUUCGGCCGUGACUCCUGUAUCCUCAACUGCUAGGGCUCAUCAACCUAGAAGCCGUCCAGCUUCAACGCGGCCUUCGCCCUCACGAGCAAGCUCUAGUGCCGAAUUGCGGAACAGCACAUGUAAGGCCAGGGCUGCAAGCAGCAGUCGAGCCUCUACUUCGGCCAAAAAUAGCCCUAGGAAGGCCCAGGAAAACGAUGCUGGUGUAGAUGGCUUAACGGCUAGCGUAAAUAAACUGAGCAUAAAGCUGAAAGUGCCUAGCCCUAAAGAAAAUGCACUUCGAGAAGCAAAGUUAGCUCAAAAGGACACAACGGCGGCGUCCCAAUCGUCCAGACGCAAGCCAGCAGCCAGAGCAACCCCUGGAGCGAUAGCGCCUCGCACCACCAAGGAGGUCAACGGACGACAAUCACGCUCGAAAUCUCGUUCAACCACCGCAACACCAACCACUGAGACGACAUCUGAGUCGCCAACCAUGACCAAGACCGAUCAAUUCAGCCCACAGGCUAUCGCCUCCCUGGAUCCACACACCAUGCCCCUACCUGAAGUAUCAGACGCUGGUCUAGCCCACGACGAGAGCUACGUCGAAUAUCCGACUUCCAACCACGAAGCCGUUGCGUCGACGCCGCCCAAAGAGUCGGCAGAUAAUACCAGCACCAUCCCUUCUCCACCACUUACUCCAGACACGCCCCCCGGGUCCGCGAAUCCUAGAAUUACCGUCCGAUCACCACCAGCCGCGGUACCACAGCAGCUCCCCGUCUUCACAGCAACGUCCGCUAUUCCCUUUGCGAAUCCCCAGAACCGCCUUUCCGGCUCCUAA